CGGCACUAAGGCAGAGGGCAGAGCUUACAGAAUUGGUUUGUGAUUUGCGUAUUGUUGAAAAUUAAAAUAGUCACUCCAUUUUCUAUUCGCGUUGUGUGUUGGUUUAUGGGUAUAUAUACUAGAAAAUAUAAUUUUUGCUAAUAUUUUACAAAAUUAAAAGGAAGUAAAAUGGGAUCUGAUGAUCGCGACAGAAGGCAUCGUAGAAGAAGUCGGUCUCGUUCGCCAAGGCGACGCAGUAGGUCCCGAACCCCGAGAGAUCGUCAUAAUAGGCGAACAAUUACGAGACGAAGAAAACCUUCUUUAUAUUGGGAUGUACCACCUCCAGGUUUUGAGCAUAUUACGCCACUUCAAUAUAAGGCUAUGCAAGCAGCUGGACAGAUUCCUGCUAAUAUUGUAGCUGAUACGCCUCAAGCUGCAGUACCUGUAGUUGGUUCAACAAUUACGAGACAAGCGCGACGACUAUACGUUGGAAAUAUACCAUUUGGUGUUACUGAAGAAGAAAUGAUGGAAUUUUUUAAUCAACAAAUGCACCUAUCUGGAUUAGCCCAAGCAGCCGGGAAUCCAGUAUUAGCAUGUCAAAUAAAUUUGGACAAAAAUUUUGCGUUUUUAGAAUUUAGGUCAAUUGAUGAAACGACUCAGGCAAUGGCAUUUGAUGGAAUUAACUUUAAAGGACAAAGUUUAAAAAUUAGACGUCCUCAUGAUUAUCAACCAAUGCCUGGUAUGACAGAUUCGGCUGUUCUCAAUGCACCAGUUACUGGGUCAAUAUCAGCUGUAGUUCCAGAUUCACCACAUAAAAUUUUCAUUGGAGGCUUGCCAAAUUAUCUAAAUGAAGAACAGGUCAAAGAAUUGCUUUUAUCUUUUGGACAACUGCGAGCAUUCAACUUAGUUAAAGAUGCAGCAACUGGUUUAAGCAAAGGAUACGCGUUUGCGGAAUAUGUUGACUUUAACAUUACAGAUCAAGCUAUUGCCGGUUUGAAUGGAAUGCAACUUGGUGACAAGAAACUUAUUGUACAAAGAGCUAGUGUUGGAGCUAAAAAUUCACAAGUUGGAACUGUUGCUCCAGUACAAAUUCAGGUACCAGGAUUGUCAAUGGUGGGAACAUCUGGCCCUCCAACAGAGGUAUUGUGCUUAUUGAAUAUGGUUACUCCAGAAGAAUUACGUGACGAGGAAGAAUAUGAAGAUAUUUUAGAAGAUAUUAAAGAAGAGUGUGGAAAAUAUGGUAUUGUUCGAAGUGUAGAAAUUCCAAGGCCAAUUGAAGGCGUAGACGUUCCCGGAUGCGGAAAAGUUUUCGUUGAAUUUAAUUCAGUUGUUGAUUGCCAAAAGGCACAACAAGCACUAACUGGUCGUAAAUUUAGUGAUCGUGUUGUCGUCACUUCCUACUUCGAUCCUGAUAAAUAUCACAGAAGAGAGUUUUAAAUUGGGAUUUAAAAAUCAAAUUUAAGAGAAUAAAAACUUUAAACAAAAAUUAUAAAUAAAAAACUUUAAUUAAUAAGGAAAAAUAACUGAAAAUAAAUUCGUUCU